UGCACUUUCCUUUGUAGACUCUUCCCCGCCGCCCAUCUCUCGAGCUGAUUUUUGGCCGCGCUGCCGCUCUCCUCGUGGCGUGCUGAGGAAGGAUGCACAUUGAAGAGAUCAUCAUAGAUGGUUUCAAAUCCUACUCGACCCGUGUGCCUGUCGGACCAUUUGAUCGGCAGUUCAAUGCCAUCACAGGUUUGAAUGGAAGCGGAAAGUCGAACAUCUUGGACGCGAUUUGCUUUGUACUCGGCAUCUCCAAUCUUACGCAGGUCCGCGUUGGAAACCUGUCAGAGCUUGUGUACAAGCAGGGGCAGGCUGGUGUGACGAAGGCCAGCGUAACUAUUGUCUUCAACAAUGAGGACAAGCAGAACAGCCCGGUGGGGUAUGAGAUGCACGACAAGAUCAUCAUCACACGCCAGAUUGUGAUUGGAGGUCGAAAUAGAUACCUCUUGAACUCGCACAAUGUGCAGCAGAAUCAAAUUCAGAAUUUGUUCCAUUCGGUGUCGUUGAACGUCAACAAUCCUCACUUCUUCAUCAUGCAGGGCCGCAUCACGAAGGUGAUCAACAUGAAGCCUCAAGAGACGCUGAGUAUGAUUGAGGAGGCGGCCGGAACGCGCAUGUAUGAGAACAAGAAGGCCGUGGCUCUGAAGACCUUGGAAAAGAAGCAGAACAAGGUUGAGGAGAUCAAUCGGCUUUUGUCGGAGGAGAUCACGCCAACAUUGGAAAAGUUGCAGAAGGAGAGGUCAAAUUAUAUGCUUUGGGUCUCCAACAACAAUGAGAUCGAGCGACUGGAGCGUUUUUGCGUGGCCUAUGAGUAUGUGCAGUUCAAGAACAAGCUCGAGAACAAGAACCAGCAGUUGGAAGAAAUGGAGGAGAGUUUGGCCCAGAUCGCCCAGAGCACAAAAGAUCUCACCAGCCGUGAUGCUGCCAUCCAGAAGGAGAUGAAACAACGCACCGCCUCGCGUGACAAGGCCAGAUCUCAGGAGUUGAAGAGGCUCGAGGAUGAGCACAACAAGCUCUCCAAGGACAUCGCAUCCAUGGAAUCGAAGCUGAAGAACAAGCAGGCCGAGUUGGACUCUGAAAAGGAGCAGCAGAAGAAGUCCACGUCGGGCAUGGGUGACCUGAGGAAGCAGCUCCAACAGAAGGAGACGGUUUACGAAAAAGAGAAAGGGAAGUUUGACAAGCUGACGCAGGAGGAAACUGCUACCAAUCAGGAGAUUGAAAAGGCACAGUACUCCAUGCAAGCGCUCACCGCAGGCAUGGCCGAGGCACCGACGGCCGAGGGCGAGCAGUGCUCCUUGCGAGAGCAGCUGCUCCGCACGCAAACCAGGCUGCAGGAGAUGCAGGCCGAAGAGAAGACCAAGAGCAUGGCCAUUGCCAACUUGCAGGAGCGCAUUGCUUCGGCGGAGCAAGUGGUUGGUCGGAGCAAGCAGGAGGACAAGCGGCUGAGCAAAGAGAAAGCUGCCAUCGAAGCGAUGCUGAAGGAGCAGCGCACCAAGCUUCAGAAGGCGGGCUUCGACCCAGAGGUCUUCAACCAGACCCAGCACAAUCUGCGCCAUGCAGAGGCCUCCUGGCGCUCCUUGCAGGAUAAGUUGGACUCCCUGCGCGCUCACCUUGGUGGUCUUGACUUUAACUAUAGCGAUCCUUAUAGGAACUUUGACCGCUCCACCGUGAAGGGUGUGGUGGCGAAGCUGUUUCACAUCAAGCCCGACUUCGCGGCCUACCACCGCGCUUUGGAGGUCUGCGCCGGUGGACGGCUCUUCUUCGUGAUCGUGGACAACGAGGAGACCGGGAAAGCGCUGCUGGAGAAGGGACAGCUGAGGCGGCGAGUGACCAUCAUUCCCUUGAACAAGAUCCAGGACAACAGCAUCGCACCGCAAGUGGUCCGGCAAGCGCGUCAGAUCAUCCCCAAGAAGGCCGAGGCGCAUGUGGCCAUGGAGAUCGUCGGCUUCGAGAAGCAGGUGAUGAAUGCGAUGAAGUUUGUGUUCGGUCCCUACAUGGUCUGCGACACGCCCGAGACGGCCAAGCAGAUCACCUUCCACCCCAACGUGCGGGUCAAGACCGUGACCAAGGAGGGUGACUUGUACGACCCGGCGGGCACCAUCACCGGUGGCUCCGCGCCGAAGGGUGGCAACCUGCUGAUGAAGCUUCAAGAGUUGUCCAAUCUGGAGAAGCAAGUCCAUACGCAGCGAUGCGAGUAUGACAAGGCGAAUGCGCAGCUGCAGAAGAUGCAGUCCACGGCUUCGCAGUUCUCCAGUUUGGAGAGAGAAUUGAAGUGCAAGGAGCAUGAGCUGGCCUUGAUUGAGGAUCGAAUUAAUCGCAGUGAGCAUCAUACUGCCGAGCAGAGCAUCCAGGACAUGCAAAGCGAAAUGCAAAAGCUACAAGAGGACAUCGCCAAUCUUCCAGAGGAGAAGAAGCGCCUUGAGAAGUCCUCAAAGCAGAUGGAGAAGGACAUCAAGAGCCUGGACUCCGGCCGUGAAGAUCGCCUGAAGUACUUCGAGAAGCACAUCGCAGAGCUGAAGAAGUCGGUGAAACAGAAUGCGGACAAGAUCGAGAAGCAGCGAGAAAAGACAGAACAAGCUCAAGUGGAAGUGGAAGUCCUUCGCAACGAGCUGUUGCAGAUGGAAGGCAAAGAACAGGACAGUGGCCGAGGCCAAGAAUCGAUCGCGGCGGAGAUCGAGAGCAUCUCUGAGUCUUUGUUCUCGAAGAAGGCAUCAUAUGAGGAGACCGGCAAGCAGCUGGAGAACAUGAGGGAGGAGCUUCAGAACCUGGAUGAGACCUUGCAGAAGUUGUCCGAGGAGCUCACACAGAACAAGCAGAAGCGCGAAGAGCAGGAGCUGGAGCAGAAGCGGGUGACUCACAAGAUCCAGCAGCUGCAGAAGGACGACAAGGAGUCGCAUGUGGUGGUGGCACGGAUGGAGAAAGAGCACCCUUGGAUUCAGAAGGAACAGGCCCUUUUCGGAAAGAAGGGCACGGACUUCGACUUCCAAGGCAGCCGCUACCAGGACAACAAGCAGCGCCUGGAGAAGUUGAACACCGAACAGAAGAAGCUCAGCAAGAACAUCAACAAGAAGGCCAUGGUGAUGUUUGAGAGAGCAGAGCAGGAGUACAAGGAGCUUCUCUCCAAGCGAGAUAUCAUUUUGAAUGACAAAGGCAAGAUCGAGAAGGUCAUCAAGGACUUGGACGAGAAGAAGACCGAGACGCUGCGCCGCACCUGGAAGAAGGUCAACAAGGACUUCGACUCCAUCUUUGGGACCUUGCUGCCGAACACCAACGCCAAGCUGGAGCCUCCGCAAGGCAUGGAUGAGACGGAAGGCUUGGAGAUCAAGGCCAGGAACCGGUGAGGUUGGUUUUGUGCAACGGGUGAGUGAGACAUUUGGGGAGUAGUAUCAUUUAUACAAGUCUUCUUUUCUUUUGCUCACUUUACAUGGAUUCAUGUGGUCGUGAUUCACGUCGAUGCCAGACUUACAUGAUUUUAUAUGGCAACAUGUCGAACUGAGGCAGCUGAUUCUGGCAGAGGUUGAAGCAUACCUGGCCUUCUACUACUCUUUUUGGUUGAUUUGUUGAGGGGGCUCCGACCCCCCCGGGUUCGGUCGGUCCUGAAGGUACCUGCCAUCGACCUGCCGACCCGGUCGGAGGUCGCUUUCCAUGGUGUUUGGAAGCAAUCCCUGACAGAGCUCAGCGGCGGACAGCGCUCUCUUCUGGCACUCUCCCUGGUCUUGGCACUGCUUCUUUUCAAACCAGCUCCAAUGUACAUCUUGGAUGAGAUCGACUCAGCCUUGGACCUGAGCCAUACCCAGAACAUUGGCCACAUGAUCCGGACGCAUUUUCCCCAUUCGCAGUUCAUCGUGGUCUCCUUGAAGGAAGGGAUGUUCAACCACGCCAACGUGCUCUUCCGCACGCGCUUCAUUGAUGGAACCUCCACAGUGACGAGGUAUGCCAUCCGCGAUGAUGAUGAUCGAGUGGCAAUGCCACCACAAAAGAAGGCCCGAAAAGAGGCGGCCAAGUGAUUUGCAAUGUGGCCACCAGGCUCCGGGAAGUCAUGAGUUCCCAAAGCCAGGAGACGCCAACGGUGGCAGCUGGUUGUUUCAUUUAAUUCAGUGUGUGCAGUCUUUGCAGCUGGCUGCUGCGAUGAGGGGUUGCCCAGAAUGUCCUGCACGAUCGAGCAUACUAGGCAUUCUGCUACAG